AUGGAAGAUAAGCGAUUAUUGAAGGAAGAAGCAGGCGAAGAACAACUAAUGCAAAGAUCCUUGAUCUGUUCAGGCAAGACCCAGGAUAAUUUUCUGUUUUUAAUUGAACAAGUGAGUUUUAUAGCGGUGUUUCGUGCUUCAAUGUAUAUCGAACCUAAAUCCAUGGCCUUAAUUCCUAACGGAAGAUUUCUAAGAGCGGAAUUUGUGUUUCCGUUUAGUAGUAUGAUGCUUUCAUUAUACUGA